GGCCGCGCUUCUUCGCCCUCCUCCGCGCGCGAUGGGUCUCACGAAAGCGAAGGCGUACCUCGUGGACAAGCCCCCGACGCUGACGCAGUGCGGGAAGAUCUGCCAGGGGAUCGCGCACCCGGUCUGGCUGUGCCUCUUAUGGCCGUUCAUCCUCCUGUGGAACGCGAUCCGCGUGUACCUCCUCCCGUGCAUCGGCAUCUACGUCAUGCGCGGCGCGCGGUGCGCGCUCGGGCCCAUCUUUUGCUGCCUGUGCCGCGCGUGCGGGUGCUACUAUUACGAAGACAAGGAAUUCACCGGGCAGCGCGCGCUCGGGGAGAAGCGCAUCGACGUCGAUUGGGUUCGCGCGGACGAGCUCGACAUCGUCGCGAAGGACGACGAGGUGAAGCACAUCGCGCUGUUCCACGGGAUCGAGCCGGAAGAUUUAUGUCAGGGCGCGCUCGGGGACUGUUGGCUCGUCGCCGGUCUCGCGUGCCUCGCGGAAUACCCGGGCGCGAUUCGAAAAGUCUUCCGCGAGUGUGAAUACAACGACGUCGGGAAGUACCACGUGCGACUGUGGGACGGUCGCGUCGGGAAGUGGGUCACCGUCACCGUGGACGAUCGCAUUCCAGUCAAGGCUGGGACGAAAGAGACGGUGUUCAUGCACCCGAACGGCUGCGAGCUGUGGGCGAUCUUGUUGGAGAAGGCUUUCGCGAAGUUCGUUGGCUCGUACGGCGCGCUGGACGGCGGCCUCGCCGUGUGGGCGUGGCACGCGAUGACGGGGGAUAACGUGUACGACUUCAAGAAGCGCCCGAACGGAUCGUGGAUACGGCGCGACCUCGUGUUCCUCAACAAGAAGAAAGGCCUCGAAGCGCGGUGCGACGUCGGGUAUCUCCCCAACGACGACGAGAUCGACGAAGAAGACUUCUUCGGCGUCCUCCUGAAGUACUCGUCCAAGGGGGCCGUCCUCGGCGCGGCGAGGAUGGUCAGCGGCGCGGAGCGCGAGGAGAAGAACAGUGAAGGCCUCGUCGCCGGGCAUCAGUACUCGAUCCUCGACGUGCGAAGAGUCGGCACGUCGAUGGUGCGCACCGGCGGACGCAAGAUGAUCAAGCUCCGGAACCCGUGGGGGACGUUCGAGUGGAAAGGCGCGUGGUCGGACGGCAGCAGAGAAUGGGACGAUCAUCCGAAGAUCAAGAAAGAGCUCGAGUACGAAGACAGCGACGACGGCUCGUUCUGGAUGGAGUACAAAGACUUCGCGGAUCGGUUCAACUCCGUCGACGUCUGCGACAGGACGACGACGACGGAUUUAGUGCUGGACGUGAGGGAAGCCGACGGGUGCCUCGGCCCGACCAAGGCGUGCGUCGGCGGGUGCGGGUUCUUCUGGUGCAUGUGCGGCGGCUGCAGCACGAUCUUCUGCGGGAAUAAGACGUCGUCGGAGACGGAGACCAAGGCGGGGUGCUGCACGACGAAGUGAGAAGGAGAGAUGAAGAAGCGCGCGAACGUCACGUCCGAGAGAGCCGCCGCGCUGAGAAGGUUGUUAAUUUUUCCUUUUUAUUCAUCAAUAAGUUGUUAUUACGAG